CUCACUUAUAUGGUCUGUCACUAGGAGGUACGAAUUCAUUCUUCUUUCUUUUUAGCCCUAUGCGGAGGGGGCGGGCUGAGGUCUCUCCCUGACUUUGCGAUGAAUCAGUCUUACAUGUUAUUUCGCAGUACGUUCGGGCAUGGGCCUGGUCGUAUCACACUACACGGCCUUCAAGACAUCCCACAUCUUCCCUUGCUUCUCGUCUUUUUCUCUGCUUCGUAAUUACUUUCGGACCUCUUGGCCUCUCAAGCCGUUGUUUCGGAACGUUCUACCGAGUCCUUGCUUGCGCUCAGCCACCCCAUGCCCGAGGUCACCGCCGACGUCAAAGCGUAGUGUGCAUCUGUCUGUGCGUGUCUCUGUGCACGCAGCCAGUUCAGUCUGUCUGCGUGUGAUCAUCCGUCUGAUUUACGUCCUCUCACAAAAAAGAACAGGCUCUGUUUCUGUUCCCACUGCUCCCUCGAAGCCGCCAUACCACUGUACCCACCUCUCGGCAAGCAUGCGGUCCGAAUCGCGACACACUACGGAGUCGUUGGCGACAAGGCAGGGCGUUACAUGGCGUACGAAAGUCGCGUCCGAAAGUGCGAAGGACAGAUGAUUCGUAACGCGUACGAUGUAGCUCCAGUAGGGCCGAAGCCGAAGAUGUCUCGGUCUUUCUCGUCUUUCCCAGCUUCUUGAUCACAUCCACAUGAUUCAUUCAGCCUCCCUCUCACUUGACAUUCUCUGAAAGGACGUGCGC